AAUCGAUUUUAUUUCCAGCUCUAGUGAGCGAGCCAGCAAUACGCGAACGAUUUUUGCGCAAAAACGGAGUUUAUCAAUAAAUCGUUUCGUGCAAUUGCAGUGGAUAAGGCAAACGCGUGAGUGCGAGUGCAGAAGACUCUAAUUCGGUGUUUCGACCUCCAAAAUUGGACGUCUGCUCCGUGAUUCGGGGGUGUGAAAAAAAUUAAAAGGAACGUAGGCAACGAUAACAACAGGCGGAGAGAGAGAGAGAGCAGUGCGGAGCUCCGAGCAGAGUUGUGUGUGUGCGUGCUGCCAACUUGUCGCACCAACUCGGUGUUGGUGUUGUUCCCUCUGCUGCGGUGGUGCUGCUGGUGUUGUGUGCGUGUGAUUGGCUCUCUGAUUUGAGCCUUUCAAAAUGCCAUACCUGGCGCUAUAGUCCCUACAGGAAUCGUUGAUUUCGGGAGUUACGAGCCCCCAGCCACGGGUUAUAGACAAACACAUUGCAUCCCCCUUAAAAAUAUCUGCGGAUUUUUCAACAAGUUGCCAGCACAGCGUGCAACGCGCGCACAAACGCACACACACACACACAAGGAAACGACACGCACGCUGGAGAGAGGGCGAGUGAGAGGGAAAAAGAAAGGGAUAGAGCGAGCGAGAGCGAGCAACAACAACAAGAGGCAACGUUUUUAGUGAUGUCAUCAGAAACAACCCCUUCAAGCUGGCCAAAUUGAAGCGGAAACGGAAGCCAAACUGAAGCACUUGUCGGAGAGCGUCUCGGUGCUGCUGAAGAUCGCCAGGAUCGGCAACAUGGACAACAGCAUCGUCGAGGAAAACGGCAAUUCGUCGGCGGCCUCGGCCUCCAACGAUGUCGUUGAUGUCGUUGCCGCCCAAGCGGCAGCAGCAGCGGCGGCGGCAAGUAGUGGCGGCGGAGGAGGAGGCGGUGCUGGUGGUAACCCCCAGCAGCAGCAACAGAACCCACAGAGUACAACGGCUGGAGCGGCGAACAAUUCGCAGGGAGCGGCCUCCGUGCUGACCACCACCUCCAACUGCAACAUACAGUACCCCAUCCAAGCGCUGGCGCAGCACGGCCUGCAGGUGCAAUCCGUGAUACAGGCCAAUCCCUCGGGGGUCAUACAGACAGCGGCUGGAACACAGCAGCAGCAACAGGCGCUGGCCGCCGCCACAGCGAUGCACAAGGGCGUGGGAGUGGUCUAUGUGGCCAAGCCGGCCAACUCGACGGUCAUACACACGACCUCCGGCAAUGCAGUGCAAGUGCGUAAUAAAAUCCCUCCAACCUUUCCGACGUGUAAAAUCAAACCAGAGCCGAACACGCAGCAUCAGGAGGACAGCGACGAGAGUCUGUCGGAUGACGACUCCCAGCAUCACCGCAGCGAGCUGACGCGGCGGCCAUCGUACAAUAAGAUCUUUACCGAGAUCAGUGGACCCGACAUAAGCGGCGCAUCGCUGACCAUGUCCGAUGGCGUGCUCAACUCUCAGCUGGCGGGUAGCGGUGCGGGGGGCAAUGCGACGAACAGCUCACUGAUGCAGUUGGACCCGGCGUACUACCUAUCCAAUCGGAUAUCUUACAACACCAACAAUAGCGGGAUAGCGGAGGAUCAGACGCGCAAACGCGAGAUCCGGCUGCAGAAGAACAGGGAGGCGGCGCGUGAGUGCCGGCGCAAAAAGAAGGAGUACAUCAAGUGCCUGGAGAAUCGCGUGGCGGUGCUAGAGAACCAAAACAAAGCGCUCAUAGAGGAGCUCAAGUCGCUCAAGGAGCUCUACUGUCAGACCAAGAACGAUUGAAUGUGGGGCGUGCGCCUCCGCCUCCAGCAAAGGUUAUGGCUACGGUUGCGCCAUUCUGGAAAACGCAAACACGAACCGCCCGACAGCAGCGCUGCAUGGAUCCGCAUAUCAUCAUGAUUUAUAUACGUAUAGAAAGCGCUAUAUGUGGAUAGUGUGUACAUUAAGUGUUGUUGCGUUUAUACGAAGCUCAGUUCAUGGAAAGGCAUUCCAUGAAAUGGUCAUGUAUGAGCUAAAUGUGGGAUCGCGCUGUUGUUAGAACAGAGACGGAGACGGACGAUGGACGAUUGACGAUGGACGAGAGAACACAAUGUAAUUAUGUUUAUAAUUUAAAAGUUUAAUAUUAUGUUUAUGAUUUAGAAUUAUGCCUUAGUUUACUUGCUAAUUUAACGAUACUGAAGUUAUAUCCACAAAAAAUGUGUAUAGCCUAAGCCCAAAAACUCCCAUUCUCCCUAUGAUUCUACCACACCUCCCCCCCCAAGCCUAUUGUAAUUAAAAAUUUUGUUUUAUCUAAUUCGUAAUUAUUGCAGGACAUGCAAGUCUAGCGAAAGUGUUAUAUUUUAUUUCUUAGCGAAUUUUAGGAGGAACACACGAGAUAGGUAGAGAUACAAAGAGAGAGAAAGAGAUGUGUGGUGUCUUCUGAAGUCUCCCCCAUUAAAAAAAUUGUUUAAAAUUUAUCAAAUCACUUUCUCUUGAUCAAAAUACCUAGUGGAUCAAAAAAUUGUGAGCGAUACUUGAACUAUUGUUUGAUGUGAAAUAUUUAUAAUAUCUUAACGACACAAAAAAACUGGACAUAAAUAAUAAAAGAAAAGUCACUCGCUUUCGGUUCGCUAGAAGCUCUUUUUUGAGUUUAUUUACUAACGUUUUACGAUAGUUUUGUUUUGCUAUUGUCUUUUGAUCCACUGGGAAUAUAUGUUUUAUGUAUGUACGUGUUGCAGCGCAAAAAGUGUAACUAUAAAAGGAUUCAAAUUAGGUUUUAAUCGCACUUGGGCAAGGAUGAAUUCAAUUAUUCAAACACUUUGUUACAUAAUUUUAAACGAAACGAAAAUCGAAAUCGCAGCAGAACACCUCCCCUGUCUUUAAACAAACAGUUUAUAUGUAAAAUUAUAUAUGAGAUAUACGUAGCUAGCGAAUAUUUGUACACUAUUUGUAAUAUUUGUGAAUCUUGUUUUCAAUCAGAUAGAGACAGAGAAUAGAAAGAGAGAGAGAGAGAGAGAGAGAGAGCGAGAGAGGGAAAGAGAGGAAUAGGGAAAGGGUCCUGCCCCUGAAUCAUCAAAAAUAGAAGGCUUUUUUGGUAUGUAUAAAACACACGUAUAUAUAUGUAAAAAAAAAAUAAUAUAUAUAUAUAUAUAUAUAUAUAUAUAUAGAAAGCUAAACACUCUCGUUAUCUCUUGUGAUCAACUCAGUUGUUGUUAUGAAUGGUAGAUAUGGCGGGACAAUUACGAUAAAUGUAUGGAUAAACCAAGUUCAAGUUCAAGCGGAGGCACAAGGCCAGGCAGAACGAACUAUUUUUUAAAUGUAACAAAACAACCGGAAACGGAAAUGGUAAUAAAAGCAUAAGAAAUCAUG